CAGCGGCCCGGGACGGGCGGCCGCAGCCAGCUGCCCGCCGCGCCGAGGGACCGCUGGGCGGCGGAGAGCAGAUGGAAAAACCGGUAUCAGACUUAUAUUCUCACUGUAAACAACUCUAAAACUGGGAAAACACAGGAGGCAGCUGUUUUCAGGCAUCAGGCAAUAGGCAGCGCUGGUCUGUAAUCCUGGAAAGAAAGGAAACACCAGGUUAUAAAACAUGGAGGCUGGCUCAGUGGUUCGAGCCAUCUUUGACUUUUGCCCUAGUGUAUCAGAAGAACUACCGCUCUUUGUAGGAGAUAUUAUUGAGGUGUUGGCAGUGGUGGAUGAAUUUUGGCUUCUAGGAAAGAAAGAAGAUGUUACAGGACAGUUCCCCAGCAGUUUUGUGGAAAUUGUGACCAUCCCCAGUCUAAAAGAAGGAGAGAGGCUGUUUGUCUGUAUCUGUGAAUUUACAUCCCAAGAAUUAAACAGUCUUCCUCUCCACCGAGGCGACCUAGUGAUUCUCGAUGGUGCUCCCACUGCCGGCUGGCUGCAGGGCCGAAGCUGCUGGGGCGCACGGGGCUUCUUCCCGUCCUCGUGUGUCCGGGAGCUCUGCCUGUCCUCACGGAGCCAGCAGUGGCACUCGCAGAGUGCCUUGCUCCAGAUUCCUGAGUACUCGAUGGGACAAGCCCGGGCGCUGAUGGGGCUUUCUGCCCAGCUGGAUGAGGAGCUGGACUUCAGAGAAGGGGAUGUGAUUACCAUUACUGGAGUUCCUGAACCAGGCUGGUUUGAGGGGGAAUUAGAUGGUCGAAGAGGCAUUUUUCCAGAAGGUUUUGUAGAGCUUUUGGGGCCCCUGAGGACUGUGGAUGAGUUGGUAAGUUCUGGAAAUCACGACGAUUGCAUUGUUAACGGUGAAGAAGACACCCCUACAGGAGAAGAGGAGAGGGAGCCCGAAGAGGAUGAGGAGCAGCCAGGGACCUAUGGAAUUGCCCUCUACAGAUUCCAAGCCCUGGAGCCAAAUGAGUUGGAUUUUGAGGUAGGUGAUAAAAUCCGAAUUCUGGGGACGCUGGAAGAUGGCUGGCUGGAAGGAUCACUGAAGGGCAGGACAGGCAUCUUUCCUUACCGAUUUGUAAAGCUCUUUCCUAAAACAAGAGCAGAGGAGACCAUGGACGUGCCAGAGGAAAGCAGCCCUGCUGAGAUCCCUGACACUUCUCUGGAUUGUUCUGAGAACUCCAUAGUAGUAGAAGGAAGAAGACAUGAAACUCUCGAAUAUAAAGCGGAGAAGUCCAACUGUGUUAUUUCUGAAACAUCUGCUUCUCCCCUGGAGCAUCUGACUUUUGCGUAUGAAGUAAACAAAAAUUCUCAUCAGGACGAGGGCACCUCAGGAGGGCCCCUGAGAAGCCCAGGCCUGGGGCACGAACAGCCUCUUGCCAAAGACUGUUUUGCAAAGGAUCCUUCAGAGACUGUCAAUGGGGUUUCCUCUCAACCUCAGGUACCUUUUCGUCCCAGACUGCAGAAAAACCAGUAUUAUUCUCCAGCGGGAGGGAGCCUCCUAAGCUCAGAGCAGUAUCCUGACCCUGUUCCCUUCGAAGCAAGGACUAAAGACUACUCCAGCCUACCUCCCAGAGGAAUGCACUCCCCACCAAAAACCCUUCAGAAGCCAGUGCGACCUCCUCACAGUGGCUCUAGUCUUUUUGUCCCUAGGGUAGUCAGACCCAGCCAGUUGAGCCCUCAGCUCCAGGGCAUGGUAAGAUGUGUUAAAAAGCCCCACAAGCUCAAAGAAAAUGCCUCUGGCUUUUGUUCUGGAUCAGAGGUGAAGCCUGGUCUGCAAGAUAAAGGGUUCGCAGUGGAAGCAAUGACACUUGUGCAGGGAGAAGGCAGCACUGACCUGGAUUCUAAGUUGACACAACAGCUGAUAGAGUUUGAGAAGAGCUUGUCAGGACCCGGCACAGAACCAGAUAAAAUUUUGCGCCACUUUUCAAUCCUGGACUUUAACUCCGAGAAGGACAUUGUCCGAGGUUCCUCAAAGCUACUCAGCCAGCAGGAGCUGCCUGAGAGGAGAAAAGCCCUAAGGCCACCGCCACCACGGCCCUCUGUUCCAGCGUCCACUUCUCCCCAGAGCCUGAAACCUGAACCUCCCUUGGCAGUGCGACCCUCUCGCCCAGCUCCCCUGCCUCCCCCGGCACAGCACAGAAUGAUAUCCCCCAGGCUCCUAACCUGUCCCCAUCCUAGCUGUGAGACCCCAGAAAAGGAAGGCCCUGAGAAUAUGGAACAGACUCCGGACCAAACUUCCCCGUGUCCGUUAGUACUGGUGAGGAUUCAGGAAAUGGAACAGGACUUGGAUAUGUGUAGCGGGGCUCAAGAAGAGCUAAACGUGACGGUGGAGGAGAAGCAAGAUGAAUCAUUAAGGGCAGAGACCCUUGAGGACCUUGAGUUCUACGAGAGCAACAUUGAAAGUCUGAAUAUGGAACUCCAGCAACUUAGAGAAAUGACGCUCCUCUCCUCCCAGUCCUCAUCACCAGUGGCCCCUCCUGGGUCUGUGUACACCGAAAACCCAGAGCAGAGGAUGCUGGAGAAGAGAGCCAAGGUGAUAGAAGAACUUCUGCAGACGGAAAGAGACUACAUUCGGGAUCUGGAAAUGUGCAUUGAGCACAUCAUGGUGCCUCUGCAGCAGGCACAGAUACCAAACAUUGAUUUUGAAGGACUUUUUGGAAAUAUGCAGAUGGUGAUUAAGGUCUCAAAGCAGUUAUUGGCUGACCUGGAAAUCAGCGAUGCUGUAGGGCCUGUGUUUCUUGAUCACCGGGAUGAGCUUGAGGGAACGUACAAGGUCUACUGCCAGAAUCAUGAUGAGGCCAUUUCACUGCUGGAAAUCUAUGAGAAGGAUGAGAAGAUCCAGAAGCAUCUUCAGGACUCCUUGGCCGAUCUCAAGAGCCUGUACACAGAAUGGGGGUGCACAAAUUACAUUAACCUGGGCUCCUUCCUCAUCAAGCCAGUCCAGAGAGUAAUGCGCUACCCACUGCUGCUGAUGGAGUUGCUGAAUUCCACCCCAGAAUCUCACCCCGAUAAAGUGCCCUUAACCAAUGCAGUCCUGGCAGUCAAGGAGAUCAACGUUAACAUUAAUGAAUAUAAACGUCGAAAGGACCUGGUCCUCAAGUACCGAAAAGGUGAUGAAGACAGCCUCAUGGAGAAAAUUUCCAAACUGAACAUCCACUCCAUCAUCAAGAAAUCCAACCGAGUUAGCAGUCACCUGAAGCACCUCACUGGCUUUGCUCCACAGAUAAAAGAUGAAGCAUUUGAAGAAACAGAAAAGAACUUCCGAAUGCAAGAAAGAUUGAUCAAAUCUUUUAUCCGAGACCUGUCUCUCUACCUCCAGCAUAUCCGGGAAUCAGCGUGUGUGAAAGUGGUGGCUGCCGUGAGCAUGUGGGAUGUGUGCAUGGAGAAGGGGCACCGAGACUUGGAGCAGUUCGAGAGGGUGCAUCGUUACAUCAGUGAUCAGCUCUUCACAAAUUUUAAGGAAAGGACAGAGCGGCUUGUCAUCUCUCCCCUAAACCAGUUACUGAGCAUGUUCACGGGGCCCCAUAAGCUGGUGCAGAAGCGCUUUGAUAAGCUUCUGGACUUUUACAACUGCACAGAGCGGGCAGAGAAGUUAAAGGACAAGAAGACUCUGGAGGAGCUGCAGUCGGCCCGGAACAACUACGAGGCCCUGAACGCGCAGCUGCUGGAUGAGCUGCCCAAGUUCCACCAGUACGCCCAGGGCCUCUUCACCAACUGCAUCCACGGCUACGCAGAGGCCCAUUGCGACUUUGUGCGCCAGGCGCUGGAGCAGCUGAAGCCUCUGCUUUCAUUGCUUAAAGUCGCCGGCAGAGAGGGAAACCUUAUCGCCAUCUUCCACGAAGAGCACAGCAGAGUUCUGCAGCAGCUCCAGGUUUUCACCUUCUUCCCAGAGUCGCUUCCGGCUGCCAGGAAGCCGUUUGAGAGGAAAACCGUGGACCGCCAGUCGGCCCGGAAGCCGCUCCUGGGCCUGCCAAGUUACAUGCUACAGUCGGAAGAACUUCGGGCCUCCCUUCUGGCAAGGUAUCCCCCUGAAAAACUCUUCCAAGCAGAACGGAACUUCAAUGCCGCUCAAGACUUAGAUGUCUCACUUCUGGAAGGUGACCUGGUGGGCGUGAUCAAAAAGAAGGACCCCAUGGGCAGUCAGAACCGCUGGCUGAUUGACAAUGGAGUCACCAAAGGCUUUGUGUACAGCUCCUUCCUGAAGCCCUACAACGCCCGCCGCAGCCACUCCGAUGUCUCUGUUGGCAGCCACUCCUCCACCGAGUCGGAGCAUAGCAGCUCCUCUCCCAGAUUCCCACGGCAGAACAGCAGCAGCACCUUGACCGUCAACCCCAGCAGCAUGGCUGUGUCCUUUACCUCAGGGUCUUGCCAGAAACAGCCUCAAGAUGCAUUGAAGGAAGUAGACCAAGAAACUCUCAGUGCAUCCUUAAACUUGGGUUGCUCAGACAGCAGUCUUUCCAGGUGCCCUUCAGACCCAGACCCCAGCUCCCAGCCCAGGCCAUGGGACUCUAUGGAAGCAGUCAGAGACAUUAACCAGCCUGCCCCUGCCCUCAGGAGCCACAGAAACUCCAGGCAUCCAGAAAUGGUAGGUUACUCCCUACCAGGGCGAAAUGGGCAGGGAAAAGACCUCAUAAAAGGAUGUACAAGAACAACCCAGUCUCUGGAAGACAGAAGUGAAGAGCCAGAAAGCAGUGAGGCAGAAGGCAACCAGGUCUAUUUUGCUGUCUAUACCUUUAAGGCACGGAACCCAAAUGAGCUGAGUGUGUCAGCCAAUCAGAGACUCAAGAUCCUGGAGUUUAAAGAUGUUACAGGAAAUACAGAGUGGUGGUUAGCCGAAGUUAAUGGGAAGAAGGGCUAUGUUCCAUCCAAUUAUAUCCGCAAAACUGAAUACACCUGAGCCAUUCUCCCUCCCGCUCAACCUUGCUGCCUUCACUUUCCUUCUGCUGAAGGGUUCUGGUGGCCCCCAAGAGGGCACCUGCUCCUGGGACACAGGCCCUGUCUACAUUGCUUAACCACGGCACAGUGGGGCACAAGAUGGGUCUUGUUCACCACCACUGGGUUGUGUCAAUCUUGAUGCUCACUAGACUUUCUAGGAUUUGAAAUGGACCCUAGGGCUAUGAAGGAUUCAGUGACCAUGAGAAGAGGCAAGUCGUGGGUCAGCCUUUGGGAAUGAGAAGCCGCCAGCCGGAAAACCAGUAUUGUAUGUAUGCUGGAAGCUGUGCUACAGCAUUAGAUGUUGGCGCUGGUUACACCAUACUGAGUUUGGGGUGGUCCUGUGCUCCACGAACAAAUGACCAGAAAUUGACUUGGAUGACGAAUUCUCCGGGAGCCCUUUUAGACUGUGCUUCUGCAUGUGGCAAGGAGUUUGUUGAGAUUGUAUCAAAUCUGGUGUUUCAGAGCUUCAGUGUUCAGCACACACAUUCACGCAUACACACCCGCCCCUAAUUCCUAAAAGUCCCUAAAACACUACCAUCUGUAAUCUUUUUCUUAUUUAUUUCAAAUACUGCAUUUCCAGAUUGGCUCUGCAAAAUUCUGUUGUUUUCUCUUUUUAAAAAAUAUUUACGGUCUGUAUUUCCCUUCGAUCUUUAUCUGGAAGGUUCUCUUCCCUUUUAGGUGUAUAGCCACCUAUACUUUCAAACAGCCACCUCUGCUUUAUCGAGUCCAUGUGUGAUCUCUCCUAGCCCUUCACCUGCAAUCCAAUAACUGAUAGAUUUUCUUAGGAGAACAGGCUCAGAGCUCCAGCAACCCCAUGAAAAGGAUUCGUUCCACAGGGAGCUGGAAGCAGUCUGGCUUUGUGGAAGACCAGAUGCCUUUCUCCUUCUUCCACACCUACUACCCACAGAGGCAGAAAGCAUAGCACGCGUGUCUUAUAUGAAUUAGGAUAAGCAGUCCCAGUGGUAGCUUAUCCUAGACUUGGAAAUAAGCAUUCUCUGUUUCACCACUAGCCUCCGUGCUUCAGAGACCAUAGUCUAAGCCAAACAGAUUCUAAAGUGCCUGAUCGUACCUCCCUUUGGCCUCAGGAAACGAUUUGCUAAUCCUUACAGAAAGAAUCUCCCCCUAAAAGUUCUAUUUGAGGAGGGCUCUUAUUCUUAAGGUCUGCCUCAGAUAUGGAGCCUACCUUGAAACAAGAAACUAUGAAUUCUGUCUUAAGGGAAUGAAGAACACCUCCAGCCCCUGCUCGUCCAAGUGCACCUUUGGCCUUAAAAUCCUGAUGAAUUGGGAGACACCUGUGGACCCCUUAGCUCUGUGUGUCUGUGGGUUGGUCUGAAGGCAGCAACGCGAGUCUCUUGUGAAUAGUGUUUAUAUUUAGAGAUGUUUAUAUUUAAGUAGUUAUUUUAUAAAUAAAAGCAUUUCUAAGGGC